CCUCCUCUACCCACCGCACAUCGCAUACCGUCCGGAUCCCCCGGUCCCGCAAGCCGGGCUUAUUAUACCCCAGUACCGGCAGCCAUGGCGGACAUCAAAACGGGGAUUUUCGCCAAAAAUGUACAGAAGAGGCUCAACAGAGCGCAGGAAAAGGUGCUCCAGAAGCUGGGCAAGGCCGACGAGACGAAGGAUGAACAGUUUGAAGUAUUUGUCCAAAACUUUAAGAAACAGGAGGCAGAAGGAACUCGGCUGCAAAAGGAAAUGAAGGCAUACCUGGCCGCCAUUAAAGGGAUGCAGCAGGCGUCGAUGAACUUGACAGAGUCCCUGCAUGAAGCGUAUGAGGGCGGCUGGUAUGGGAAGGAUGCCGUCAUGACCAUUGGCACGAAUUGCGAUGCUCUCUGGGAAGACUUUCAUCAGAAGCUGGUGGACUCAUCGCUUAUCACCUUGGACACGUACCUGGGACAGUUUCCUGACAUCAAAACCCGCAUUGCGAAAAGAAGCCGGAAGUUAAUCGAUUAUGACUCCGCUAGACACCACCUGGAGACGCUACAAGCGUCGAACAUAAAAAACGAGAGGAAAAUCUCAAAGGCAGAAGAGGAGUUUAACAAAGCACAGAAGGUCUUCAGUGACCUAAACAUAGGCCUGCAGGAAGAGCUGCCCUCACUGUGGGACAGCCGAGUGGGAUUCUACGUGAACACAUUCAAAAAUGUGACGAACCUGGAGUGCAAAUUCCACAAAGAAAUCACUGUGCUGUGCCGCCAGCUGUACGAGGUCAUGAUGAAGCUGGGCGAACAGCAUGCAGACAAAGCCUUCACAAUCCAGGGAGCUCCCAGUGACUCAGGUCCCCUUCGACUCGCCGGCACUCCCUCCCCCCCAGAAGAGUCCCCCCCCGGCAGCCCUGGCACUACCUCCGGUCAAAUGUUGGCACCAAUUUCCCCUGGGCCGCCUCAGCUGAAGUCACCCGGCCAGUUGAGGAAGGGGCCCCCAGUUCCUCCACCCCCGAAACUGACACCCACCAAAGAGAUGCAGCAGGAGCAAAUAAUCAACCUGUUUGAUGACAACUUUGUCCCGGAGAUCAGUGUCAGCGCUCCACCACAGAAUGAAAAGGUCUCAGAGUCUCUCCUGGAUCUGGACUUCGAUCCCUUCAAGCCAGACGCCUGCUCAUCCAUUGGACAGUCGCAGUCCCCAAUGUCACAGAUGCUGCCCUGGGAUCUGUGGACGGCAGAUAUUGUUCCCUCAGAGCCAGUAUCCAGCAGUGCAUUUGACGACUUUUCAAAGCUGGCCAUCUCGGGGUUUGCCAAAGAUUCAGCUCAGAGUGUGUUUGAAGAAAUGCCUGCGGCACAGGCUGCGCCCCCUGCUGUUGGAACGGAAGAACAUCCUGGACCUGUGACUGAUCUGGGACAGACCCAAGAACCCUCCACAGAUACCAGUACUAAUGCUGGGGAGGCUAGCCACCCUAAAGAGGAAACUGCAGACCUGACUGGGGUGGAUGUGCAAGAGACAUUAAUGAACGAAGAAGUCAAGCCGACUGAGGAACCACCAACAUGUGAAGCUGAGGGGGAAUUCCCCUCUGAAGCAGCAUCCACUGUAGUGCCUGAAGUAGGGGAGGAAAAUACAGAAGAUGCCAGAGAAGACUCUCAGGAUGAAGAGGAGACAAUGGCCAUCCCUUCUGUGGUGAUUGAAGCAGCCUCAAGCAACGAGGGUGACGAUGACCGUGACGCCGAGUUCACCACGCCCGCUGAAAUAAGUGAUGGCGGAGGGGCUGAGAGCAACUCAGGCAAAGGAGAUCCAGAGGACACUAAUAGCCAAUCAGAUGGCUUCCAGUCAGGCAAAGGAGAUCCAGAGGACACUAAUAACCAAUCAGAUGGCCUCCAUUCAGGCAAAGGAGAUCCAGAGGACACUAAGAGUCAAUCAGAUGGCCUCCAGGAACUUCCUCCUGGUUUCCACUUCAAGGUGGAAAUGCUCCAUGAUUUUGAAGCUACAAGCGUCGACGAGCUGGAGCUGAAGAAAGGAGAUGUGGUUCUGGUCAUCCAGACAGAGAUGGUUGCUCAGGAUGAAGGUUGGCUCACAGGAAUUAAGGAAUCCGCUUGGUUAAAAGAAGGAGACUUUGCAUGUAAGGGACUCUUUCCGGAAAACUUUACCCAGCGCCUUGAGUAAGGGUCCCAGAACUAAUGAAGGCACAGCCAAAACCGCUGUCUGACACAAUCAGUGGAUGUUUGUUGGAAUUAAGUGAAAAUCAACCAAACAAGCAGAGUGACUCUGUGGACUUGAAUAAAAUUACUAUUUAAUCACAUAAAUAAUAAUGAAGCAUGAUGCAAGUCUAUAAUCUGGCUACUUCUUAAGCCAAAACCAACAUGUUUGCCACUGAGAAACAACAGAUGCUUUUCAUUUAAUAUAAAACUGUGGAAAAAUAAAAUUCUAAUAAAUAUAUAGGAAAAGUUGAUGUUUUUUCACCUUUCACAUUAUUAAUUGAAAUAUUUAAAUAUUGUUGCUUUGAUACCCAAUUUAUAAUCUGCAUAAAGAAACCUACUUAAAGUUUACAAACACACAAUUACGCAAUUAUUUUUAAUGUUGGAUUUAUAACUAUAACCCAAUUUGUUGUUUGUAUUUGUUUUUUUUUUUUUUGUUUUUUUUUAUGGCUAGAUAGGGUCUUGAUUUUGCAUCACGUUGUUGCCAAAAUAAAACACUGAGUACACUAUUUGGUGUUAUGAAACUUUCCUACUGUAGUGUUUGAGAGAUGCAAUUUUUCAGUUAACCAAUUAAUUUUGAUGAUCAGUUGAUGUAGCAUUCCAGACCAGUGAAACACUGUUUAUUUGUAUUUAAAUACCUGCUAUAUUGUAUUUUAAAAGUCUAAAUUUAAAAAGUCUAAGUUUAUGAGAGAUAUUUAUUUGUGAAUUAUAUUUAAGGAUAUGCUGUACUGAAUUUAAUUAACUCAUUUUUUAAAGGCAAGAAAACACUAGUUGACAUGUCCGUGCAAAUUCAUCUGCUAAAAAAUCUCCAUUGAAAUGGUUAACUGCAAAUGAAUUUGGCAUUCUUUUCUCAUUCCAAUGGCCUUGUGAUGUACAAUGUUUUUUGACCUAAAUGUAAAUAAAACUAGCUUAUAAACAGUACAAUCAUCAUGGUCAAGUCAUAGAAAUUCAUUU